AUGGUUCUCCCUCGACCUACGGCGCUUCGCGCAUCGACCUUCGCCCGUUAUGCUCGUCCCGCGAGACACAUCCGCGCUGCCGAGUUCCAGCCAGGGCAACGAAUGCUUCAGAAGAGGACAUAUGCGUCCCGACUCAGCUCAUCCGGACUAUCAAAGCAGAGCGACAUGCCCUGGAUGAUCGGAGCCGUCGCUGCCACAGCGGGUGGCCUGUAUCUCGUGAUGAGCCAGGAUACCAGCCAUGGGGAAGGCCACGGAGGCCAUGGCCAGCACCAUGACCCCCAUGACAAGAUCAAGGCGGGCCACGAAGAGGAGGCUCCUGCUGUUGAGGAGGCCAAGGAAGAGAAAGAGGAGCCGGCGGCUGAGGAGAAGGAGGAGGAGACUCCCAAGGAGGAAAAGGAGGAGGUGGGCGAGGCGACGAAGAAGCCUUCUGAUACCGACAAGCCCCAUCCCAGCAAAGAGCCCGCGAGCACGAACGAGCAAUCUGGAAAGCAGGAUGCCACGUACUCCAACCAGGAUGCUCACCACCCCCCGGGGCAGGAUGUUACUGGCAGCGAGGAUAAAAGCAAGAAGGGAGAAGGUGCUGCGGAGACGGCCAAACUCAAGGGUACUGUCUCUCCGGAAAGACCCCCGGCCGAGAACAAGGAGGAGCAGGGCAAGACGGAGGUGGACAAGAAUGCGUAG